CGCCGCGCUAGUCCUCGAAACACCGUCACCGAAACGCCAUGCACGUGCGCGCGCGUCCGUUUUGACAACAAUUGAUGUUUUGAGUUUUGAUCGUCGUCGUCUUUGAUCCACGUACGCUGUCGCGAUUAAUUGUCAGCCGCUUGAAGCGAAAUUAUUUUAGUAAUUUGUCAACUAACAAAAUUGAAAUAAAUUCAAUAAAAUCGCACUCGGUCGGGGCGCGCGCGCGCGCAAUUGUGUCGUCGUCGCCGUCGCACUCGCGAGGUUUCUGUACACAAUAUUCUGACAUCCGCACAUCGCACACACUUAAUAAAUAAUAAUAAUUUAUUAGUAUUAUUAUAUUGUUCGCUGUUCAAGAAACCUUAGAGAGUGCUGUAGUUGUUGGAACGAACGUUGGAAUGGUUUUUUUAUUCCGUCGUAGAUUAUUCAAGAAAAUGAACAAAAAUGUCCCAUAUGUAAAAUUAUUGUUUUGGACGUUUAAGUAACACUAUCUACCCCGAUUCAAGCGGCGUGGUGGUAUGCCAUUGUUUUUUGCGAGUAUCUGCGGUGGUGCUUACGAUUGUAUUAUUAUAUUAUGGUAACGAGAACUAGAUGAUCUUAAAUGGGUGUUACGGUUAAGAGCCUGUGGCGUGGUGAUUAUGGUAGUGAACAAAUCUGCGGGCGGUCGUACGCUCUCGCUGAGCACAACUGCCAACGGCACUGCUGCAGCGGUGGCGGGUAACCUGCAGUCCGGUGUACCAUUUCUGCCCAAAAGCCCAAGCUUCCAUAGUGGUUUGGAUCUGCUUGCUGGCCGUGAAAAAUCUCCAAUCAUUAUGUUUUGCGAUCCAACAAUGCAUUUGCCCAGACUUCACGAAGCCAAUGCAUCUGAAAGAGAACAGUUACUUAUUCAGAAAAUGCAACAGUGCUGUGUAUUAUUUGACUUUAUUUCGGAUCCACAGUCUGAUCUAAAAUGGAAAGAAAUCAAGCGAGAAACAUUACAUGAAAUGGUAGAUUAUUUGUCAUCUAAUCAUGGAAGUGUGCUUACUGAAGCUAUAUACCCUGAAGCUGUUAGAAUGUUUGGAGUAAAUCUAUUUCGUAGUCUGCCUCCAUCAAGCAAUCCUAAUGGUGCAGAGUUUGAUCCAGAGGAAGACGAACCUCUAUUAGAAGCAGCCUGGCCUCAUUUGCAACUGGUAUAUGAGUUCUUUCUUAGGUUUUUAGAGUCUCAAGACUUUCAGCCCCAUAUAGCAAAAAACUAUAUUGAUCAGAAAUUUGUUCUUCAGUUGUUAGAGCUAUUUGAUUCAGAAGAUCCACGAGAGAGAGACUUUUUGAAAACUAUACUACAUCGCAUUUAUGGUAAAUUUCUAAGUUUGCGAGCGUAUAUACGGAAACAGAUAAACAACAUAUUUUAUAGUUUUAUUUAUGAAACAGAACAUCAUAAUGGCAUUGCUGAGCUUUUAGAAAUUUUGGGAAGUAUUGUCAAUGGUUUUGCAUUGCCUUUGAAAGAGGAGCACAAGGUAUUCUUGCUAAAAGUUUUAUUGCCAUUACACAAAGUGAAAUCUUUAUCUGUGUAUCAUCCACAAUUGGCUUAUUGUAUAGUACAGUUCCUUGAAAAAGAUCCAUCUCUUACAGAACCAGUUAUCAGAAGUUUGUUGAAAUUUUGGCCUAAGACUCAUUCCCCAAAAGAAGUCAUGUUUCUUAACGAAUUAGAAGAAAUUUUGGAUAUAAUUGAACCAUUGGAAUUUCGAAAAGUGCUAAAACCAUUAAUACAUCAAUUAGCUAGAUGUGUCUCAAGUCAACAUUUUCAAGUUGCAGAAAGAGCACUUUACUUUUGGAACAAUGAGUACAUAAUGUCACUGAUGUCUGAGAAUGUUGAUGAGAUUUUGCCAAUCAUGUUUCCAGUGUUAUACAAAAAUUCUAAAACUCAUUGGAAUAAAAAUAUACAUGGUUUAAUGUAUAAUGCAUUAAAAAUAUUUACUGAAACUAAUCCUGUACUAUUUCACACAUGUACCCAACAAUUCAAAGAAGAUAGAAAGACUGAAGUGGAUAAGUUAAAAAAACGAGACGAAAAGUGGCAUAGAGUUGAAGAGUUGGCUAAAAGAAAUCCUAAUUUUACAGUAUCCAUUGAUAGUAGUUUAUCAUUUUAUACUGAUUUUGCGAGGUCACCAAUCAAUGAUUUAGACCCAACUAUUGAUUUGAAAAAUUUAGAAGAGGAUACAAAGUAUCAUAUUGAUACUGAUAACCGUAAAAAUCGAAAAGAAAAACCUUUAUUGAGACGUAAAUCUGAACUACCACAUGACACAUAUACUUUGAGGGCAUUAAAUGAUCAUAAGAGAGCUGAUGAAUAUCUAGCUACACCACCUGAUGUUAAUAAAUGCUAGCCAAUCUUUUCAAUUGUGAUGACCCUUAUUAUUUAUAUUCAGAGUCUAAACAACUAAGAAUUACUCAAAAAAAAAAAAAAAUUAAAGGUUAUAAUGGUUAUUCAUCUCAUUAGGGGUCAUUUAAAUGUUGAGUGUAUCUUUGUUAGGAUUAACAUGUUAUAAGUAGUUCAACCACCAAAUUUUUCAAAAUGUGAAUGAAGAAAGUCAUGUGAAGUGAUUGCACUCUUAUCUACUUCGGUUGUGUUAUUUAUUUUUAAAAUAAACAUAAAUGUGUCAUUUA